GUUUUGCGAACGAAAAGUGGAAGCUAGGGGAACUGAGUGAUUUAACGGUAGUCUCGAUCAAAGCGUCUAUUAUAUUAUAACAAUUCCUUCUUCAGAGAACCAGAGUCCGUGACAUGAAUGCCGAGGAGAAUCUUGUUACGGAUGAAGAUGGAGGGGAUGACUAUUACAAGCGCAGCAAGGGAUUGAAUAAAGAAUAUAAAGAUAAUGCAUGGGCAGAUCAUCGAGUGGAAGUUAAAAAAGGUGGCGGGGAAGUUGUAUGUUAUAAAUGCUUCCAUGGAGGAACACUGCUAUGUUGCUGUGGAAAAGGAUGUGAAAGGAGGUACCAUCCCUCUUGUGUGGAUCCUCCUCUCAAUUACAUUCCUCCAGGGUUUUGGCAUUGUAUCUGGUGCGUUAAGAAAAAGAUUGAGCUUGGCAUGCAUUCUGUUUCUAAAGGAAUGGAAUCCAUAUUGGAUUCUAGAGAAGUGGUUUCAAACAAUAAAGUGAUGCAUAUGGAGUACUUUGUCAAGUAUAAGGGCCUUGCUCAUGCACACAACCGCUGGAUUCCAGAAACACUAUUGCUUCUUGAGGCUCCUAAGCUUUUGGCAAAGUUUAAGAAGAAAAUGAAGGUUAUCAGGUGGAAAAGAGAUUGGAGUAUACCCCACCGCUUGCUACUAAAAAGGGAAAUUGUAUUAUCAAAACAAAAUGACCAACAUUAUGAUGGGCAUGAUAACAAUGAUUCAAUUUGCCAUUAUGAGUGGCUUGUAAAAUGGACUGGUCUUGGUUAUGAUGAUGUUACAUGGGAAUUAGAUGGUGCUGCAUUUUUGACAUCACCUGAGGGCAGGAAACUCAUAGAUGAUUAUGAAAGUCGUCGGAAGAGAGCAGAUAGACGGUCAAAAUAUCAUUUUGAAGCUAAUGAGGAGAGCGAAACCUCCUUUGCAGAAUUAUCAAGGUUGCCAUUCAGUGAUUCACCUGGUUUUUAUUAUAACCAGCAUUUGGGUUAUGUGAACAAGCUUCGCAUGUAUUGGCACAAAUGUCGAAGUGCUGUCACUGUAGAUGAUCAAAUUGACCAGGAGCGGGUUAUGAAGGUGAUUUUGUAUAUAUUAUCUUUGAAUUGUAAUGUGAAGAGGCCUUUUCUCAUCAUCUCAACUUUUAAUGCCCUCUCUGUAUGGGAAACAGAGUUCUUACAUUUGGCACCAUCUGCCAAUCUUGUAGUUUACAAGGGAAACAAAGAUGUACGGAGUAGCAUCAGGGCAUUAGAGUUUUUUAGUGAAGAUCAUGACAUCUUAUUUCAAAUAUUGUUGACAUCUUCUGAUAUCGUUGUUGAGGAUUUACAUGCACUAAGAUGCAUUCAAUGGGAAGCAAUAAUAAUUGAUGAAUGCCAGCGAUCUAGAAUUUUAGGACAUUUUGACCAUAUCAAGAUUCUAAAAGCUGAAAUGAGGCUCCUUCUUGUUAGUGGACAAAUCAAGGAAGAUCGAGCUGAUUAUGUCAAACUGCUUUCAUUCCUUAAGUCUGGACAUCAUGGGUCAAAUAUUGCUCAAAUGGAAAAUUACUCUGAUAGCAUUUCCAAUUUGAAGAACCAAUUGGAACAAUAUGUUUUAUUUAAGUGCAAUACAGGCUACACUAGGUUUGUAGAGUAUUGGGUUCCUGCCCACCUUUCUAGUUUGCAGCUUGAGCAGUAUUGUUCAAUGCUGCUUUCAAACUUAAUGUUGUUAUGCUCAGGCCAAAAAUCCGACUCUGUUGAUGCUCUCCAUGACCUUAUUAUCUCAACAAAGAAGUGCUGUGACCACCCUUUUCUCCUGGACCAGUCACUGCAUAAUUUUGUUACUGAAGGUCUACCAGUUCAAGAGCAUUUAAAUAUUGGAAUAAAAGCAAGUGGAAAAUUACAACUUCUUGAAAAAAUCCUUUUGGAAGCAAGAAGUCAUGGGUUAAGAGUAUUAAUAUUAUUUCAGUCAACUGGUGGUCAUAGAACGAUUGGGGAUAUUUUGGAUGAUGUUCUCUGUCAGAGAUUUGGUAAAGAUUGCUAUGUACGGUAUGGUAGAGGUUAUAUCCCAUUAAAGAAGCAAGCUGCUUUAGACACAUUUAAUGAUAGAGAAAGUGGAAAAUUUGUCUUCUUGAUGGAAAGCCGUGCUUGUCUCCCUAGUGUUAAACUUUCCUCCGUGGAUACUGUUAUUUUUUUUGACAGUGAUUGGGACCCACAGAAUGACUUAAGAGGCCUACAAAGGAUGUCUAUCAGCUCACAGUUCAAACAGUUAACCGUUUUAAGAUUGUACUCAUAUUUCACUGUUGAAGAAAAGGUUUUAAUGCUUGCAAAAGAUGGCAUAGCUUUGGAAAGCAAUAUGCAGUUGAUUAACCAGAGUACUUGUCAUGCCCUGUUAAAAUGGGGUACUUCCUAUCUGUUCAAUAAGCUUGAUGACUUACAUGCCAGUGUUACCUCAAUCUCUACUACAGACAUCUCUGAUCAUUCAAUUCUAGGUGAUGUAAUCUGUGAAUUAUCAUCUGAAUUGAUUAGUGGUGGUGGUGGUGAUGAUUCCUGUUGUCAUGAAUGGUCAUUCAUAUCGAGAGUACAGCAGAAUGGAGGGGAAUAUGCAAGGAACAUUUUAUUACUAGGAGAGAGAUUAAUUAAGAAAUUGGGCUGUGAGCCAUGUGCCUUUUCCUGGAGUGAUCUCCUUGAAGGAAGGCAUCCUCGAUGGAAAUUUGUGUCUGUUUCAUCUCAGAGGAUCAGGAAAACAGUCACACAUUUUGAUCAAAUACUUAAAUAUUCUGAAAGUGAAAAUGAUGCCAUUAUAGGAAAGAGGACAGUGUCCAAGGAUAAUGUUGAUCCCAAUAGGAGGAAAUUGUCCAAGGAUAAUGUUGAUCCCAUCAGGAGGAAAGUGUACAAGGUUAGUCUUGAUAUCCAGAGGAGAAAAGUGUCCAAGGAUAAUGUUGGUCCUAAAGGGAGGAAAAUGACCAAGGUUAAAGUUGACCCCAAGAGGAGGAAGAUGUUCACUGAUACUGUUGAUACAGAGGGGAGGAAAGUGUCAAAUCAUGUCAUUGGUCCUAAGGCUAAGAAGGUAUUCAAGGAUAUUGUCAAUUCCAAAGGCAGGAAAGUGCCCAAGAAUGCUUUUGACUCCAAAUAUAUGAAAACAAGGUGGAAGAGCAAGAAGAGUCUAAGUGUUGUCAAUAGGGCAAUUAAAUCAAAUGGUAAUGCCAAUGGCUUGUCUAACGUACCUGAUUCCAUGGUGCAUCCUUUGACCGAUGAAAUUAAAGGAGCAAGCACUAUAAACAUGCUAUUUUCAGAGAAAAAGAAAUUGCUUGACAUGCGGAAGGGCAUCACAUUCUUGUCAAAGCCAGAUAUAUCAGGUCUUUGUGAUGUUCUACAAUUUUCGAAAAAUGUCAAGGUUGUUGCCAUGAGGAUUCUUGAGCACUUAUUCAAAUAUUACAACAUUAAUUGUGAAGAAGUUUCUACGGUGCAGGCUUUUGAAAUAUCUGUGUGUUGGCUAGCAGCUUAUUUUUCAAAACACAAGAUUGAUAGGAAAUAUUCACUUUUCCUGGCGAAACUGUACUUGAAUUUUGAUUGCAAGGAAGAGGAAGCAGCCAAUGUUUACUCUGAACUGUGGAAGCAUAUGAAGGAUUUUUCAAGUUGUUUACAAAAUGGGUUUUUUGAGAAAUGUAAUAUAAAUGGCGCUUCAGACUCCAAGACACCUGAGCUGAAAGAUUUGACACCGGAGAAGCAGAAGGAUUUUCAAAGUUCUCAUGAUUUAAAACUUGUGACAUCUGCCACAAAUGAACAUGAUCAUCAAAGGAAAUCUCCCACACAAGACCAGACUUAUCCUCAUGAAAUUUGGUUAUAUCAGAAGACACCUCAUAGUAUGCCUGUGGAAACAGAUGCUAUCUCCAUGGAAUGUGACUCAGAAGAUGACAGAAUUCAUGCUAUGACCUCAAUAACAGCAGAAGUUUCAUCCCUUGAGCACUGGAGUAAUGAUGUCAAACCUGUUACAGAUUCUUUGGGGAGACAAAGUCUUGUUAGAAGUACACAGAUUACAGAUGGAAAAGUUUCUGAAGAGCUUCAAAGUUCAGUGAAUGAAGUGGUUACUAUUGACAAAGUUAUGAAUAUGUCUACUCAUCCUGUGCAACCUGACAGUGCUAAGACAGAUGCUGUAACUAGCUUUAGUACUGUUGUGCCUGGGGUCAGAAAGUGCUACACUGUAACGAGUCCUGUAUGUGGUGAGUCAAUUACUUUGGAAUUUGCUGAGACUGACUUACCCAUGCAACCAUCACAUGCAAAUUUAUGCCCAUUGCCUCAGAUUACAGUUUCUCCUAGUACAGUCAUGCCUCUAGAUAAUGUUUCUUACCAUACUAGUGAAGAUCAUUGCAAUGGCCUUGUUGAACUAGUUAACUCUUCCUAUGUUUCACCUGUGAUACUUCAACCCUCUACCAGUGUGCCCAUGGAUGAAAAUACCAUGCAUGUACCACACAGCAUUACUAAUCCUGGAUAUAUGAACACUGAUUAUUUUCAAGCUCUCUCUGUGACAUCUGAAAUGUCCCAUGUUGCCUACCCAGACCCACUACUAAUUGAAAUGGAGAAAAUAGAAAAGGUGAAGGAAGAAGCCUUCAAGAUACAUGAGCAAAAAAUAUUGCAGCUCAAAUCUGACUUUGAAAAGGAGCUUGAAAAGUUGGGUGAAAAGUACAGGAUGUUGCUUCAGAAUGUCAAUACUGAUGUAGAACUAAAGAAAAUGGAACUUGAGACAGAGUGUAAAUUAGUUUUAAUGAACAAGGUAUUAGCUGAAGUUUGGAUGCAGAAGUUUGAUAGUUGCAAAAGAGCUGUGGAACCGUGCACAGAACAAGUGGCAAUGCCUAGUUCUCCUUUGACUGCUCAAAGUCUUGAACAAUUUAUAGAACGUCCACCCAUACUUCUCCCGUCCUUGUCCACUUCGACGUCGGUGCCGGAUCCACCAACAACCGUUCCAGAAAUCAACCCAGUUGGAGCAUGCUUUGAUUCCAUUGUUCAGUUGUGCAGCGAUAUUCAUGAUAGCUGUGAUUUACAAUCCCUGUCCCCACCUCAUAGAGACUCUGCAGCUGCCUCAUAUUAUCCAGUACCUCUCAUGUCAAAUCAAUGGAGUGGAAUAUCAGACCAGCCAUUGCCACACAGUUGA